GCGCUCCUUUGAACCUCUUCAUGUUCUCCACCCACCUCGAAGUACACUACGAUUCUAUCCAUAAUCGGACGCUCCCUACCCUUGAUCAGUCCCCACAUCCGCCGAUUGAGCUCUGGUAGCUAUCGUCGACGAGGGCCACCAGCAUGGCUGAGACGGAUCAGUCGGCGGAGGCAAAGGCUCCCACGUCGCAGAAGAAGCGCAAAGAUCUAUCCAAGGCCGACAACGAUGAUCUCGACAUGAUCGAUAGCGCUUUUCAGCGUAUAAAGAAUAUCAUUCCCGGCGCGCCUUACGUCUUAUCAACGCCAUCCCUUGAUCCUUACAAUCAUUACUCCAAACAUGAGGCACGCGCCUGGAUAUUGGGACGCCUCUACAGACCCGACGAAGAACACCUACAAUACCGUACUUUUCAUUUCCGCGAACCAUAUGUAGACUGCUUUGUGCUACAACCCGAUGAGGAAGAGGAGGCAGAACACGAGCGACCCAAAUCGCAAGCUUCCAGUACAUCACAGCAAGCCCAGCAAGCGCCCAAGAAGAAGAUCAGUCUUUCUGCAUACAAGUCCAAACAGGCAAAUGGAGUUAUCACGCCGGGUGCUAAGAAGGUUUCGCCCACCCUUCCUCCUGCCAAAGUGCCUUCACAGUCCAACGGCUUUAAGAAGACCGAGAAACCGCCAUCGUCCACCCAGAAGCCCGAAGAUUCAAGGUCACACAAGCGGCCUGCAGCCGAAGGUUUUCCACCAGAGAAACCCGCAAAACGUCCUCGCGACGACCUUCACCAAUCAUCACGCGAAGCAACAAAUCGAAGCUCUGCAGAACCAAGGGCCGAUUUGGACAAAUCCGUACCCUCCAACUCUACACCACACGGUCUUCCUCCUCUGUUAUCUCCGGUCGACCAACCCGUCAGCAAUCCUUAUGGUCUCCCUGACAUCCUGUCCCCGACCCUUCCCUCAAAUAUCCAGGUAGAGUUGGAUAGGUUAGAAACACAACGAAAACGCGGAGAUUCGAAUGCCUCCUCAACUUCUGCAAAGAGUCAACUGUUGACAGUUCCUGAUGGUGGACCUGAGAGGCGUGAGGAAGGAUCCAAGGGCCCACGGGUGAGAUCCGUAUCGGUGAAUUCGAAGUCUCCAAAUGUACCUACGGCCACGCAGAGCACUCGUGCGGCUUCUAGUCUCAUCGUGAAACUCAAAUAUGGGAAGCGGCAUGCGGCAACAAUUUCGCAGCUUCUACGGCUCCCUCGAGCCAGGAAGGCACCCGUUACUUCCGAGAAAGAACGACCCUCCAAAACGACAGCAACUGCAGCCGAGCCGUCUUCAACAAAACCCAAGGAAAAUCCGAAGAUUACGAGUCGCCGCCUUGAAAACACCGUCUCAUCGGCGAAAAGUAGUCCGGCAACAGGGAAGGUUGCUGGGAAACGACCACGAAGCGAGUUGGAUCCUCCGUCUAAUGAACCAAGCAAGCGUCAUAAGGCACAGGCAGUCCAAGACGGCUCAAGCACACCGCAACACGCAACGGCAUCCCCGGUCGUAUCAGCGAAGUCCAGCGCACAAAAGGCACCAUACAUAACCCCUCGAAAGGAGCACCGGGCCGUCAAUCUGCUUCGUACAGGCUCUAACGAAGGUACCGACUCGACCCCAGGUCGGUCUGGUACACCAACAAACGCUAAACACCUGGACGUGAAGACAACACCGACUUCGGCUCCUCCGAGCGGAAAGGGCAAGGUCGACUUCCAGAUCCUCUCACAAGUAUCGAUGAAGCUCAACCAGAUGGGUCGGGCACUCAAACACGAGGCCCAGAAGAUCGUAAGCGACGCUGGGGGGAAGCUAAACAAACACGACCAAAAGCGUGUGGCUAUCACCGCUCUCGAGUGCAUCAUAUCCUACAUGGCUGCGUACACCGCGCAGGACAGGUCCAACCAUCUUCGUGGUCGUGCGGGUGAUGUCGAAGGCACCUGGAAGACCCUCCUGCCUCUCUGUACAUCAUUCACGAGGUUCACCCAUGAUGUACCCUAUCUUGAUGGCCUACGAUUAUACCUUGGCACUGCUAUCGCUGCGUCCAUAUGCUCCCAGAUGGCGCCCCGUGCUCCACGGCCGGAAGCUCAUGAUUCUCCUCAGGAUAUUGCUCAGAAUGAGCUAUCCAAACAGCACAGCGUUCUCUCCAAAAAUUUCGCUUUGCUUGCCGACCACUUCAUGAAACUAAAUCGUUACGCGCAGGAAUCUAGGAUGUUGCUGCCUGUCGAAGACAUCCAAAAACACUUCCCAAAGACAUGGGCAAACAGGGAUUCGAUCGCCAAUGUCUCCAAGGAUUCAGAAAAGUUCCCAGGAGGCAAGCUCUCCGGUCCAUAUUUCCUCCCGAUUCAGAAUGACACGACACCUAUCCAGGCCGUUAGAUUCGGCAUCAAGUUCUUGGGUGAAUACUGCGAAAAGGAACGCGUCGACUACAAGCUUCGCGUCAGCCUCGACAGGCCUGAAGUAUAAAAAAGCAUAUCAUUAUUCCUGCGUGUACAAUGAACGACCUCGAAAUUCGGC